AUGACGACGGCGAAGGACGCGUCGAUUUUGGUUUCGGUCUCGCAGCCGGACCCCGCCGCGGCGAAUCGCGCGAGCGAGCCCACCAGGACUCCUCGGGUUUUCCACCAUCCCUCGUAUGGGGUCUUCGUCGACUACGGAUUCCCCAAGGGCGCUCUGUAUCGCAUUGGGGUCGUCGAUCUGGAUGACAAAACUUGUAAGACACUGGAGCACUACUUUGAACACGACACAGACAUUUUGAAUGCGGUUAAAAUGAUUCAUUAUCCGCGCUAA